GCGACUGCACGAACUUUGUAAAGCAACGUUGCGCCGUAAUUAAAGUAACGAAAAGUUUCUCGAGCAAAGGUUUAACACGAGCUGCACCGCAGUAACCGUCGAUUAAUCCGCAUUGUCGCAUGCAUUUUGCUUGAAAAGUCUUGCACCGUUUAAAUUGAAAUUAGGAUACGAGGCUGCCUUCUUGCCUCGAGAAAUGGAAAAACAAUUGAGGCGAGGUGCGAUGCGUGAAACGAGACGAUCUAUUUUGGAAAGGGCAUUUCUGUAAAUAGCAUCGAAUUUUGGUUUCUUGUACGUCAAUAAAUUGAUCACAGUCGAAUACCUUUUUCACCGAGGAUAUUAUUAGUUUCUCGUUUGUCUAGGUGAUCGGUCCCGCGUACGGAAUAAAAUUGACGGAUCGAAGUAUAAUGCAGGUCUGGCUCGACAUAUGAUCAAAUUAAAGCCAUGCGACGACAGUUCGUUUAGAAUAAUGCGAUACGCCGGUCAUGAACCUCAUCGAACGCAGCAACAAACGUCCUUUGAUGGUGGAGCGCGAGAUCGAAGCCGGCGAUACGAAGAAGAGUUACCCGAUAAACAACGAGAUCACCAGUGAAUCUGAUUCCAGUGCCGAAGUGCGAUCAUGUAAAACAGUGUAUAGAAACCGGUGCAAGAAACUCGUGGUAUCUGAUACUUCGUUUAACGUUCUUCCAUCUAACGAUUCGACUAAAAAUGAUCGGGAACCGAUUGCUUCUAAAUGUUUCGCUGAUAAAAAGGACGACAAAGAUUUGUCGUUCGUGGAGACCGACGUGGAGUCGCGAAAGGAAGGAACUUCGAUCAAGGCGAAGAAAAAGAAAAAACGGAGAUACUUGACAAUAUGCACGAGUAAUUGCAAAUACGACGCGGUGAGACGAGUGGCGGCUCGUUUCGGGAUGAAAGAAGUUACCGAGGAUAGCAGCUGGAACCUUUACUGGACAGACUUGAGCGUGAGCGUGGAACGAGCGAAAGAUAUGAAAAGAUAUCAGAAGGUCAAUCAUUUUCCAGGAAUGACAGAAAUCUGUAGAAAAGAUUUGCUUGCUCGUAACUUGAAUCGUAUGCUGAGGCUUUUUCCAAAGGACUACAAUUUCUUCCCCAAGACAUGGUGUUUUCCCGCAGACCACGGAGAGGCAAUAGCCUAUGCUAAAUUGAGACGCUCCAAAACUUUCAUCAUCAAGCCUGACACAGGCUGUCAAGGGCGCGGCAUUUAUUUGACAAAAAACUUAAAAGAUGUUAAACCCAGCGAGCGAAUGAUCUGCCAGGUUUACGUGGCUAGGCCCUUCCUGGUGGACGGCUACAAAUUCGAUCUUCGUAUCUACGCGUUGCUCACCUCGUGCGAUCCCCUUAGGAUUUACGUCUACAACGACGGUCUUGCGAGGUUCGCCACGAGCAGAUACAAGGAACCAACCGGUCACAAUACGUCCAACGUGUUUAUGCACCUAACGAAUUACGCUGUCAAUAAGCACAGCCGAAUGUAUGUAAUCGACGAUGAAAUUGGUAGCAAAAGGAAAAUAUCCACUCUGAACAAGUGGUUUAAGAUGAAGGACGUCGACGUGGAUGAACUAUGGCGUAAGAUCGAUGAGAUUAUUAUAAAAACGAUUUUGGCAGCACAUCCUGUUCUGAAGCACAGUUAUCACACGUGUUUUCCAACUCACGAUAAGACCUACGCUUGUUUCGAGCUACUGGGCUUUGACGUGUUACUCGAUUGGAAGUUGAAACCAUAUCUUUUGGAGGUAAAUCACUCGCCGAGUUUUCAUACGGACGCACAAAUCGAUAAGGAUGUGAAGGAAGGUCUGCUGAUGAGUACGUUCGAAAUGUUAAAUUUACAGCAAUGCGACAAGAAGAAAAUUAUUGAAGAAGAUAGAAAGCGAGUUAGGGAUAGAUUGCUUCAGGGAAUAAACACAAAGGACGGCAGUACGAAUGAUUCGACGGUCGGCACAACGAAGCUUGACAAACCGGAGGAAGACCUGCAGAAGCAAUUUAAAUGGGAGGACGAGCAUAUGGGCAAUUUCCGCAGAAUCUAUCCAUGUUGCGACAGUGAAAGGUACGAGCCAUUCUUUAAACAAAGCAGCAUUUCCGUGUAUCAAGAUACCGCGGCAUCCAGAGCUCGGGAAGAAGCGUCAAGGAUUCAAAAGGAGGAAAACGAGAUGAAGAUAAAGGAACAAGAAAGCAAGAAGAUUUCUGGCAAAUGGAGCGAUUCGAAAUUGCAUUCAGAGAGUCCAAACGUAACGCAAAAGUCAACAACGACGCACGAUCAGGAUAGGAACAAGUGUGCGAAUGUAUCGAGAAGGAAUUCUUCCCAUUCGAAUACAAAGAAGCAGGCAAUUUCGGCUACUAAUACUUCACACUCGUUCGAGCCAGAGAUCAUUUGCGAAUCUGAGGAAAGAGAACGCGUUACGGCAUUGGCUCAACGAGAUUUCCUGAUCAAGAGUUACGGAAUGUUGGAGCAAAUCUAUAUGGCAAUGAAAAAGAACGGUACGUUGCGAGCUAUCGACGAGAAGAAGUACGGAUUGUAUGGAAAACUCGGGUAUGCGGAUAGUACGAGCAAGAGCGCGUCUAUUUGUAGGCACAAGUGUCAUCUUCAUCAGCAUUCUGGAAUGGAAACUAGAUACGAACCGUGGACGAGUCAGUCGCCACAAUUUUGCCUGAAAGCAAGUAAAGUAGAUAAUGUUCCAUGAAAUUAAUUAGUUAUUAUUUGUAAGUUUAUAUAAAUAUGUUUUGUUUGUUUUCCAUAGGGUAAAGUGCCGGAUAAUAAUUUUCUAUUUACGGGUUUAAAAGAUAAGAAAUUAUUAUGUGCGAGGUGAGGUAUACGUUUGAGUGUCAUGAGUACAAAGUACAAAAGCAGUUUCUUCGAAUUACAGAUUUCAAAGUAAUUUGUAACGAGGUGCCGGUUUAUAUUCGACCGAGGAUACCGGAGAAAUUUUGGAUGGAUAAUCUAAAUUCGAACGAUCAAAGCUGUCGAAUAACGAAGGCCCACGUGGCCCGUACCUUAUCGAAUAUCGUGCGCCUUCAUACACUUGAAAAACGUGGAGAGUUCAACUCGUCGAAAUUUUAACAAAUGUACGUCGCGAUUCAUGAAUUCAAAAACACAAUGAGAUUAGAUAUAAAUUUGAAAACGUUUGUAUUUUACAAUUACUUUUUUUAAGCAAUCUCUAACGAGUGAUUUGUUAAUAUCAAACUGUAUACUUCAUGUUAAAGGAAAAAGAUUCCCCAUAUUUAAAAGUAAUAAGUCCAAAGACUAAUACGUUAAACUAUGAAAAUAAAUUGUUAAUUUGAAUCACUUCAAAAAGAGGGAUUAUUGUAAACUUUAACUAUGUUUCGAUUAACGGAUGGCAUUUCGCAAGAUAUAUACAAGAAUAAUUUAAAAAUCAACAUAUAUGGAUUUGUUAUUUAAAGUGACAUAUAAAUAUGUACACACACACGCGCGCGCACAAACACACAUACAUACACACACACACACACAAUGAUUGAACAUAUACACGCUUCGGUAAUCGAAAUUUUCAUCGCACAUCUUGAUUGUGUAUCCUAAUAAUGACAUACGUAUAUACAUGUAACGUGCCUGCAAUAUGUAUAAUAAUGUUUAUCGUUGAUGCGAUAUACAUACACGCUAUACACACAUGUAUCUGUGAUGUAUGCAUAUAUGUAUGUAAGCAUUCACAUGAUAAAAAAUAAUCUAUGAACAAUUUUGGCGUGUAUACCUUUCGAUCAUAAUAACACGUAGACAUUUCUUUUUCUAUUAAUGUGAGACAUUGUUGUCAAUUUGUAUGCCCUGCAUUGUUUCUUUUUUUAAUUUCUUCCGUUUUCAAUAGUUUUUUUUUUUUUUUAUCAAUGGAACCACAAUUUUCAAUUAAAAAUCAACGAUCGAUUCGUCGCGACACGUUUCUUGAACGCUUAUUCAAAAUACAGGAGCGUUAAGAUUAAUAAUGAAUGAAAAUUCAAUUACCAAUGUUAGAUAUUGAUCUUGUACAAAGUAAUAAUACAAUAAUCAUAAUAAUAGUACUUAAUUGAUAAUAGUCCAGAAUAACAAUAAUGAUAAUAAUAAUAAGGUGCUGCAUUCAAAUCGCGUGUUCAAACGCUCAGGUUUUCCUUAAAACUCAAAUAAUAAUCGAGUCCUUAAUUUAGAUGUAAAGUGAUUGUCUAGGGAAGGAAUAGGAGCCAUUACCUUCCCCUAUCGUCAUUACAUGUGUCUCGGCAAAAAUAAAAAA